CAAUACGCAGAGAACGCGCUAUUCGAGAUUUGGGUGUCUUAUUCGAUGACCAGUUGCAAUUCAAAGAUCAUGUUAACGCUAUAGUAAAGUCAGACUUGAGAGAUGAUUUUUCUAAAUGUAAGUACAAGGAGUACAAUUGUAAAGUAUGCAAAAAGAAAGGACAUUUAGCGGUAGUAUGUAGGUUUGCGAAAGAUGUAAAGAACGUUGAUGUCGAAGACAAGAAUACUUUAGAUUAUGUAGAUUUAAUGAGUUUUAACGAUUGUAAACCGUACAUUGUAAAAUUAUUGUUAAAUGAUAAAGUAGUACAUUUUGGGGUGGAUUCGGGUGCAGGAGCUUCCAUUUUACAAAAAAGCAUAUAUGAGAAGUUAUUUAAUAAUAUUGAACUUAAGCCGACUCAAACGCGUUUAAAAAUGUACAACAGUAGCAUUAUUGUUCCGGAGGGAGAAAUGAAUGUAGAAGUUGUUUAUAAAACUGAAAAAGAGACUUGUCGUUUUUUAGUAGUAGAUGGAGGAAAUAAAUGUCUAAUAGGUAGAGAUUUGAUAAGAAAGUGCAAUAUAGAAUUAGGUAAAGACUUUAACACUGAAUUAAAUAAUAUUAAUGAAAAUAAUGAUCUGAAAACGUUAUUAGAGAUGUAUAAAAAACUAUUUAUGGAUCAGUUAGGUAAAUAUAAGUAUGAAAAGAUAGAUUUUAAGUUAAUCGAAAAAGUAAAAUCGAUAUUUGUGAAACCGAGGCCUGUGCCUUUUGCUUUUAAAAAAGAAAUUGCUAAAGAGUUAGAUGAUCUGGAAAGGAAGGGUAUCAGAUUAUGUGCCGACUACAAGGUUACGGUGAAUAAGUAUAUCGAAGGUAUAAAGUAUCCCUUACCAAGAAUUGAAGAGCUGUUCGCAGCAUUGCAAGGAGGUGAACAUUUCACUAAACUAGAUUUAAAGAAUGCUUAUAAUCAAUUAGAAUUGGGGGAAGAUACAAAAAAAUUGUUAGCAUGGAGCACUCAUAAGGGAAUUUAUUUGGUUAAUCGAUUACCAUACGGAACAAAACCUGCAUGUUCUUUACUUCAAAAGAUCGUAGAAAAAACAUUGCUAGGAAUUACUGGUGUUGUUUGUUUCAUGGACGAUAUUUUAAUAAUAGGCUCGAGUGAAAAGGAACAUUUAAUAAGAUAA